AUGAAGUAUAAGGCGAUAUAUACUCUCCUUGGUUUAAUAUGCUUUGGUCUUUUAACAUGUACCACAUCAACUCCCUUGUCACCCUGGUCAUUUAACCAACCUUCCUCGCGGGAAUUUAAUCACAAUAAUCAAAAUUCGAAGGAUCAUUCAAAGAAUCCUUCACAAAAUUCUUUAAAAAAUCCUUCAAAAAAUCAUUCAAAAAAUACUUCACAAAAUCUUUCAAAAAAUCAUUCAAAAAAUACUUUCAAAAAUCCCUACCAAAAUACUUUCAAAAAUCCUUCAAAAAAUACUUUCAAAAAUCCCUACCAAAAUACUUCCAAAAAUCCUUCAAAAAAUACUCCUUACCAAAAUACUUCCAAAAAUCCUUCUAAAAGUUCUUCAGGCGCAUCACCAACACAACACUCGUCAUCAAACAAAUCCGAUCCACAUCAACCUAGCCCACCCCCCUAUUCAUCUAACUCUAACUUUGAUAUUUUCCAACCCCUUUUACCGUUAGACAAUUAUGGUCCAACUACUCGUGAUUAUACCUUCAUAUGUAAAAGGACUAACUUAGCUCCUGAUGGUGUUGAGCGUGAGGUAUGGACUGUUAAUGGACAGUAUCCUGGUCCAAUUAUUCAAGCCAACAUAGGUGACACGAUAAAAGUCACAGUGAUUAACGAAUUUAAAGAUCCAACAGGAAUUCAUAUGCAUGGAAUCUUUAUGAACGAAACUAAUUGGUUUGAUGGUGUUCCUGGGAUGACCCAAUGCCCACAGAUAAGCGGAACAACCUUCACUUAUACUUUCACUGUUAAUCAAUAUGGAACGUAUUGGUAUCACUCCCAUUUCGUUGCUCAAUAUGUUGACGGAUUGAAGGGUCCAAUUGUUAUCCAUGAUCCGGAAGAUCCAUAUUUAUCAUCAUAUGAUUUUGAAUAUGUAAUGACUGUGAGUGAUUGGUAUCAUGAUCCGACUGGAAAUUUCAUGCCAAUUUUCCUCAGUUAUCAAGGCAACGAUCCUGUUCCUGAUUCUGGAGAAAUUAGUGGUGUAGGUAGAUAUAGUUGUAGUAAUACAACCUUACCUUGUAAAGAUAACGGAUAUGCCACCUAUAAAGUUCAGAAAGGCAAAAGAUACAGAUUUAGAAUAAUAAAUACUAGUGCUAUGGCCCAUUUCGUCGUAUCUAUUGAUAAUCAUCCAAUGACAAUAAUUGAAUGUGAAGGAACAAACGUCCAAAAGCAUACUGUUGAUUUUCUUCCGAUUAAUAUUGCUGAACGGUAUUCCGUAAUCAUUGAUUGUAAUCAGCCAGUCAACAAUUAUUGGAUCAGAGCAUCUAUGUCAAGAUGUAGCAUACCAUAUCAACCUGGUGAUCCUGAUACAAUCAAUUCUAAUUCUUCAUUAAAUUACGACGUCAGAGGUAUUCUUUCCUAUGAUGGUGCACCCAAAGGUGAACCACAGUCUACUGGUGUCAAAAUUCCUAAGUCACAAUGUUAUGACCAAGACGUUAGCACCUUGAAACCUUAUCCUCCACAACCCCCUCCACAAAGUUCCACUUCAACUCUUGAAUUAGCAGUCAAUGUUGGUUUUGUACAACCAUCUGACGUGCUAGAAGCGACAGUUAAUGGGUCAUCGUAUGUCCCAGAUUUCAAGGAACCAACUAUCAUGAAACUUAAAAAUGGAAUAGAUCCUAGUAAAUUCUUUCGUUCUGAUAAUGCAUAUGGAUAUGAUUUUCCUCAUUGUGCAGUAGUUGAUCUUAUUAUAAGGAAUUUGGAAAGGAGAACUCAUCCUUUCCAUUUGCAUGGACAUAACUUCUGGGUUAUUUGUCAGGGCGAAGCUGGUUCUUUUAACAAGUCUCUAGGAAGUUUAGAAUAUAAUCUUGUUGAUCCUCCUUUGCGUGAUAUUGUAACUGUUAAACCACAAAGGUAUAUCGCAUGCAAUCCAGGAAUUUGGGCUUUCCAUUGUCACAUUGAAUGGCACGUUGAAAUGGGAAUGGUCGCUCAACUUAUAGAAUCUCCAGAUAUAUUUAUAAAAAAUCAACUUCCUAAAAUGCCUAGACAAAUUUCUGAAUUUUGUAAUAAAUAUGAUAAUGAAAAACCUCCAGAUAAUCCAAUUUCGGAUGACUCAACACAUGAUAGUGGAUCACCACAAGAUAAUGGACCACCACCACCAAAUAAUGGACCAUCAAACGAUACCUCAUCUCAGUCUUCGCCAGACAACUCAUCACAAGAUGAGCCUUCGCCAGACAAUUCAUCACAAGAUGAGACUUCGCCAGACAAUUCAUCACAAGAUAAGUCUUCGCCAGACAACUCAUCACAAGAUAAGUCUUCACAAGAUAAUUCAUCAAAAGAUAAGUCUUCACCAGACCACUCAUCACAAAAGAAACCGAAAAAAGCGAAGAAACCGAAACAAACGAAGAAUAAUAAAAACCAUUAA